GCGCGCGUCGGAGGAGGACGCGGGUCGGCUUGCUGGGCGCGAUGAGGUUCCGGUUCUGUGGUGAUCUGGACUGUCCUGACUGGGUCCUGGCGGAGAUCAGCACGCUGGCCAAGAUUUCCUCCGUGAAGCUGAGGUUGCUGUGUAGCCAGGUGCUGAAGGAGCUUCUGGGACAGGGGAUUGACUACGAGAAGAUCCUGAAGCUCACCGCUGAUGCCAGGUUUGAGUCGGGCGAUGUCAAGGCCACGGUGGCAGUGCUGAGUUUCAUCCUCUCCAGUGCGGCCAAGCAUAGCGUGGAUGGCGAGUCCUUGUCUAGUGAACUGCAGCAGCUGGGGCUCCCCAAAGAGCACGCGGCCAGCCUGUGUCGCUGUUAUGAGGAGAAGCAAAGCCCCCUACAGGAGCAUCUGCGGGCCUGCAGCCUGCGUGUGAACAGGCUGGCAGGUGUGGGCUGGCGGGUGGACUACACCCUGAGCUCCAGCUUGCUUCGGGCUGUGGCAGAGCCCAUGGUGCACCUGAAGCUGGAGGUGGCAGCUGCCUCAGGCGCCACAGCCCAGCCUGUGGCCAUGUCGCUCUCAGCUGACAAGUUCCAGGUCCUCCUUGCAGGUGAGACUCAGUUGUCCCUGGAAGGGGAAGGGGCCCUCCCAGAUCCCACCGGACUGCCACCCACCUGCUCACCUCUUCCCUCUGCAGAAUUGAAGCAGGCUCAGACCCUGAUGAGCUCCCUGGGCUGAGGAGAAGGGUGUUUGGGGCCCGUGUUGCGUCGCUGCCCUCCAAACUCCUCUUCGUGGGUGGCCGCAACUCCAGGACCCUGGAGGCCUGGCCUCCCAGAUCUCUGACUUGCUAGGUUCCCACAUGAGAAUUCAGCAUAAGGAUUCUGAGGGCUUCUCGAGCAUUGCCUUCCCCGCCCCGAGAAGGGCAUUGUCAGCAGUUCUGACGAGCUGGAAGAAUAAACUGAAGUGUAAA